AUGGCAGAAGAAAAUAUAAUAGAAGAAAAUAUCAUAAUAGAAAAUACCAUAGUGGAAGAAAAAUUUUUUUCAAAGUACAUCUUACGAAUCGUUUAUUUGUUCAUAAUAAUAUUGUACCUGUAUGUUGCUAUCAGAGAAUAUCCGAUAUGGCGACGCAUUCGGGGUGCCUUUUUUACUCGUUCAAAAAAAAAACAUGGAAAUGAGCCUCAACCCUUACAGAUUGGUCAUGUUGAUCGAAAUCUAUUAUUUUACAUUCCCUUCCUUCCUUUCGCUAUUGUGUAUCUAGCACUUAAAUUAAUAUUAGAUGUGUUUAGACUGUUCGUAUUUUAUUCACUAGACUAUACGGAAGCAAUUUCAAUAGCGUUAGGUAAUUACAUUCUUUUAUGCGCAAAGAAAGUUCCUGAGAUAUGUGCUAUGAUUCCUUCAAUUUGGAACUCUUAUAUAAAGAGAUUAAUUUUAAAAAUAACAUACGUCUCGUUCGAUUGGAUGUGCAAAUACUGCUGGCCUGUAGCCAAACAACUGACCAUUGCAUGCUGGACCGUGAGCACUACAGUUUUUGUUGAAGGAAAAAAAAUUAUAGUAUAUUCAUUUCAUCGUUCGAUAGAGCUAUCCAUAAUAGGGUGGAAUGAUUUUGGUUAUCCCUUGAUAAUAUUUAUGCAACGGGCUUUUGUCACCUUGAUCAUUGAGCCAGGAAUAUGGAUCGCUUCAAAAAUUGAAUAUCUUUCGAGAAUUUCAUGGUAUUGUACUUGCUUCCUUAUUAGAGACAUUGCCGAAGAUGUGAGAGAUCUUCUUAUUUUAGGGUGGUCGAUUUCUAUGACACUAUGGAAUCGCAUACUUAACCCUGUAAUUCAUUUCAUUUACCACUCUGCAAUAUUCAUAUAUCAUAAAGUACGUGAACAUUAUUCGACUAUUGGACGAUUCUUAUAUAUUCGAGUUGUCCUACCUGGCGUUAAUAAUUUCUUUAACGUUGUUUAUGGGAUUGGUUCCAACAAAACAUUCCGUCUUGUAGUUGAAUAUUUCAUAUUCAUAUCUCCUAUUUUAUAUAAUUCGUUGGUAUCUUAUUUUGCCCGACUUCGUGAAAUGUCGAAGCUAACAUUACCAAUUUGUGUCAAACGUAUUAAAAGAUGUGGUCUAGAAAUUAUUCAAGAUUUUUAUAUUACCUGUAUGGAUAUUAUUGCAUAUUCAUCCUGGAUGUAUUAUGCCAUUAUCUUACCCGUCAUCAACAUCAUUCCUGUUGUUAAACAUCUCUCAAACUCAAUGUACAAACACGUUAAGGAAUUUCUACUAAAUAUAAUUGUUCCAGUAUGGAAAGUUUUUAGACUAUUAUUACGGCCUGUUAUCACAACCUUAAGUUUCUUUUACACAACUGUUAUAUUGGUGAUCAUCUUUGCAUGGUUACGGUUUGCAAAGUGGUUAAUUUCACUAGCGAAAACUAUGUUGAUCCACACAUUACAAUUCGCACAACAGUCUAUAUCCUUAGUGCUCAAGGCUUCUGAAUCAGCGUAUUAUACAAUGUUACCUUACUUCAACAUUAUCAUUUCAACUGCAACAGAGCAAAUUAUUGUUCUUUAUACUGUUAUUAAUAAGUUUAUGAUUGCAUAUCUACGAUGGUUUACACCAUUGAUUUUAGAAGUCAUAUCAAAUCAAAUUUACGCAUCAAGGGAAUUUUUAAUAGGGAUAUAUAUAAAAUAUGAACCUUUAAUAUUUGAUUUGAGACAACGUGUGGUAGAAAUAGUUGAUUCGGCUGUUAAUAACAUUGGACAAGAGAUGAUGAAUUGGGUCAAGAAAGAACAAGAAUUAAGAGAAGCAAUAUAG